UUUUCGCAAUUUUUUUUUAAUCUUCCAAAACGCGGAGAAAGAAAACGGCAAAAUGUCUCCAAUUCUGUGAUGUAAUUUGAAACUGCCGCAAAUUGCCUGAGAUAUGGCCAGUGGCAGACACAAAUUUUGCUAAUGGAUGUUGUUUUCGUCUGGUACAUAAGUCUUAAUUGCAGUGCUUUAUGGGGCAAGAACCAUCUUUGCUCAUGUGGCAUUUAUCAUAAAACAUGAUUAAAACGAAAUCAUGAAAAAAAUCGUCUCAUGCUAGCAGCUCCAUGCCGAUAAAUCCUCUGCCUCAAUGCAGCCUAAACCUUUAACGAAAGAUAAGGUUCAAUUUCUGCAAACAUAAACGCCAAACGUUCAAGUAUUUAUGAUCACGUUGCUAAACAAAAAUGUGUAUAUGACCCUAGAUAUCUCUAAAGUAAAGUGAGAUUUAUUCGCCAAUAAAUCAUUCAGAAUGAUGAGACUUCGGCCACGGAAUAAAAUCUCUUAUAGACUAUCCACGGAGAUCGACAUAUUCAAGAAAAGCUGAAAUACAUUUCUUUUAACAAGUUUUUGAAUGCGCAUUCGGAGUUAUUUUAUCAAGCUUGGUCGUUCCUUUAAUACUUCAAUUGAUAAACUGUUCUUCUAGAGUCAGUCAUUAGAACGAUUAAGUGCCAAGAAUAGAAUUGUCAUUUGUGACUGUAUUUUGCGUCUCUGGUUUUGGAAGUCUUAGAUUUCUCAAGCAGCGUCAUUUGCAUGUCAAGCUGUACUCAUAAUUGAGGCAAAACGAUUAAAAUCCUUUUUUGUUCUCAUCAUUUUUGUAGUAGCUUAUUGCUGCUUCUAACAUAAGUUGGGUAUCAGUUUUCUAAACGUGCUGUUAAUUGAUUAUAUGUUAAUUGUAAUAUGGACCCGCCUCUAACCGGUUGACCGCCACAGAUAGACCCACUGCUUAUAGCUAGCAACUCGAAGACCAAUUUCGUCAGCUUAUUUAGCAUAAACAAAGAGGAAGUAAACCAGUGUAUACCUAUAAUUCAAUUUGAAAUGCUUCUUGCCAGAAAUUACUGAAUGACAGAAAAGAAUCAAUGAAUGUAAGGAUGUAGAAAACUUUCAUAUUUGAUACUUUUGGUCAAAUUUUCCAGGGUAUAAACUUCGAUAAUGACUGAAGUGGUAGCAGAAAUCCAAACCCAGUUGCAGCUCAAAAGUAACGCAAAAGGAAGAUAGCAAGUUUGAUUGGUGCCUUGUUUUUGACCAAUCGACCGCCACUUACCUCUCACCUUGCUGAAGAGUCUUAGAGUGAGAGCAAACUCUUUCGGUCUACACAAGUCGGGAUCUUUUGUUUGCACGUAGACAGAUCCCAAAUCACCGAAAUGAAAAGAUGACCGUGCUUGCCAAGGCGUACACGAGAGGUUAGUGAUCGCCGAAUGGUUAAGAGCAAGGAGCCAAACACGCCGUUCUUUCUUUCACGUUACUUUCGAUCCACAUCCGGACAUUCUAGCCCCUAGUCAUUAUCUGAAGUGUAUACUCUGAGGACAAAAAGUUCUCGAGUAAGCUAUAUUUCAGCUUUUCUGUGCUAUCUUCAAAUAUUGUGGAUCUGAACGCUUAUUAAAAAAAUGUCAAGCUUACGUUUCUUUCUUAAGUUGUUUUGAUUCCAAACUAGCUGUGAACCUUUUAUCUUUUAAUCAAUAUUCCGGUUUUCAACUAAAAUAGAUUUGGAAGGAAAGUUCUUUUAGAAUACACAACAAAUAAUUUCGCUAGGCUUAUUUGAAUUUCAAAAUAGUGUGGAUGAAAUUUGUAAAUUAGAUGAACCAGGAGUGACUUUAUCUACAUUACCCUUAAUGAUCAACGUAAUAAAAACCAGCAUUUCAUGAAUUUUAUAGGAAAACUUUAGCCAUCAUGUCGUGAUUUGCUAAAGAAUCAAUUUUUUAUGCUAAACAUUUAAUCGAUGAAUUUUUAGGCAGGAUUGCAGUAGGAAAUGUGUACUCGAAUAUAACAUUUGACAUAGACAUAUCAGUAAUUUAUUUAAUAAGAUUAUUCCAUCUAUUCACUUUUUGCCAGGUCAAGCUUCAUCUCAAUUUUUAAUUGAAACUUUUGCCUGCUUCUUUGUCGGUGUCUUAUGCUCGGUGCAAUAAAGAACGGCUCAGUCGUUGGUGUUGCAUAAACACCAGCGCCCUGUGCGUAAGGCCUUCUACCAUAUUGUUUGCUCAUCAACGGAUGACUUUGUGCUUUGGAGUAAAGAUACCGAUUAGGGUCUCUGAUGCAUUUAAAGAGAAGUAAUGAUCUUGUGAUGUACGAUUACCGACUGCGCAGAUUCAUUUAAGACUUUCGUUGUGCUUUGAAAGUAUUUCCUAGGUAUUACUAGUCGGGAUCUUUUCCUGCGAAGUUCAGCACCUGCAAAUGAUGUUGUAAAUGUGUCUGCUCUGUUGGUUGCCAAGGUUUCACAUUUAAGCAAGCAUGAAAAGUGUUGCUUCUUGUUCUGUCUAAAAGCAAAUACUAUUGAUAAAUGCAUCUUUGCUGGCAAACAGAACCUGUAAUGCCUUUCUGGUACUGCCAAAAGUGUCGGAUGGGAAUUUUCUUUACAUUCUCUAGUGCGAUGACUGUUAUUCUGUUUGGUUGAAGCAUCGGUGGUGUUUCUAAUCUUGUACAUAGACUCGCUUAGUUAGAAAAAGAGAAUAUCUUUGCCAGUGAAAGAUAUUUUGGAUCUGGAAAAUACCUUGGCUGAUUGUUAUGGCUGGUUGUUAAGAAGUCUUUACUGAUGCUAAACAUUUCACACAGAGGUUUAUCAACCACAAUACUUGUUCUGUCCUUGUGAUUUUGGAUUCCAGCCAUAAUGCUACGCCAGUCAAAUGAUGCCUAUACGAUAUCUGGUUUGUUUUAUUUUGCUGUGGUUUUCUGGUAGAUCAUGUCGCUUAUCCAAGAAAAAGACGCGGAGGUAGAGAGGUCACUUGGAAGUAAGGUUUGGAAAAAAUGGGUUCGAUUUUGCUUACAUAUUCACGACGGUCUCGAACUGAUUUUUCAGAAAAUUGCAGAAGCUGUAGGAAAGAGACCGUAUCUUACUUUAGUUUUGUCCUUUCUGAUUGUGGCGUCCCUAGCGUCUGGCCUACACAAAUACAAAAUGGAAAAACGCAGUGACAAGUUAUUCAUCCCGAAGAAUAGCCGAUCGAUUGAAGAUCUUGAGAAAGCUUCUAAAUAUUUUCAGUUCAUGAAAUUUCGUGCUGAAGAAAUUGUCUUAGUGAAUAAUAAAAGCAGUGGUGCGUUGGAAGAUAACCUGUUUCUAGAAGCACUUAGACUGCAUAACAGGAUAAAGAGUAUAGCCGAUUACAGCACUCUUUGCCUAGGAAGUCCCAAAUGUAGUCAAACUACCCUAAUAUAUUGGAGCUCUUCAGCUACAACGCUAGUAAAAUUAAAGAUACAAAAUCAUUCAUCAAUGCAGUAUACAAAAAUCCCAAUGUUAUAAUGUCUAAUGGAAAACAAGCAAAGGAGAAUUUUCCUGCAAUAUUUGGCAAGUUAAACUUUGCAUCCAAUGGUAGCAUUUUGUCAGCGGAAUCGUUGCGUAUUGUUUACUUCAUGAAAUAUCACACCGAUGAAAAUUACGAUCAACUUAUGAAGUGGGAAGAGAACUUUCUCAAUAUCCUCAAAGAAGAAGCCAAACACUUAAAGAAAGUUAAUAUAAAGCUAUAUUAUUAUGCAUACCGAAGUUUGGAUGAUUCGAUAUCGGAAAGCGCCUUGAGCGAUAUGGCAUUAAUAGUGGUCGCUUUUGUUCUGAUGGUCGUAUUCUGCGUUGUAAUGAAUUUACGAAUCAGAAGACCGGUGAACGGUCAUGUGUUAUUAGCCAUUGGGGGAAUUGCUACUGUCUUCUUUGGAAUCGGGUCAUCGUUUGGCCUAGUUAUGUAUACAAAUACACCAUUCAUUGGCAUCGUUGCUGUCCUCCCAUUCAUGGUCUUAGGCGUAGGAAUAGAUGACAUGUUUAUCUUAGUCGAUACUCUGGAUCAAAGGCAGCCUGGUUUGCAAGGUAACGUCCGGUUGGUUGCAACACUAUCCUCGGCCGGUUCUUCUAUUUUCAUGACAACCCUAACGGACCUGAUCGCCUUUGCUAUAAGUACUGUUACUGACUUCAGGGCCAUUGAAUUUUUCUGUUAUUACGCUGCUUUGGCCAUAACUUUUGUUUUUAUUUUGAUGAUUACCUUCUUCCUUGCGCUGAUUAAGUUGGACAUAAAUCGUGUUGAAAAGUGGAAGUAUGAUGUGAUACCUUGUAAAGGACAAGAAGUGAAGCAAAACCCUUGGUACAUGGAAAAAAGCAACAUAUCAACUAAGAUUAUGGUCACUUGGGGAAAAUUCCUGAUGAAGACGCCAGUAAGAGUUGUAAUAGUUAUCUUAGGAGCUGGCAUUCUAGCUAUUGCAAUUUAUGGAACAACAUUUCUUGACCAAAGCUUCGACUCGAGUACUCUUGGAAAGGACGGCUCGUAUCAGAAGAACUUUUACCAGAUAAAAGGAGAACAGUAUCCUCAAGGUUUUGAUAUCAACAUUGUCGUACUCGAAUACAAAAAUUACAGCGAUGCCGGGAUUCAGAAACAGUACCUUAAGCUUUCUGAAGUUGCAAUGAAUAAUAAAUACAUACAAAGCAGCUCGAAUUGGCUAAAGAAUUACUUGUCUUGGUCAGCUGAAACAAAUACCUCAAUAGCUGGGUCAAAUUUCACUAACAGAUUGCUGUCGUUCCUUAGUGACCCACGGUACGUGGUGCACAGAGGUCAUUUGAAGUUUGAAGAUCCUACAAAUCUUAAAAGCAAGAUCAUUGCCUCUCGAGUUGUUGUCAGAACUAAAGAAAAUGCAGAUUCAACGUUUAAGAGAGAUGCCAUGUUGUCUCUGAGAUCUGAUAUUGACGGGCUAUGCUGCUUGGGUGCCUUUCCGAGCACACUCAAUUUCAUCUACUAUGAGCAGUUUGUUGUCAUUUUGCGGGACACAGUUCGAAAUCUGGCGGUAUCUGGAGCAGCGGUACUGAUUGUUACCCUACCAUACCUAAUCCACCCUGGUGUUACAUUGCUGGUUGUUGCCGGUUUCGUCAGCCUCGUAUUCGAACUAUUAGCUGUUAUGUAUGUUUGGGGAGUAUCUCUCAACUCCAUAUCCAUGAUUGUCAUUGUCAUGGCAAUUGGGUUUUCUGUCGACUACAGUGCCCACAUUGCUCAUGCUUUUACAGUAUCUACCGCUGACACUCCAGAAGAAAGAGUUAUAGAUGCUUUGCGAACCAUGGGAGCAAGCGUUGCUAUGGGAGGUUUCAGCACAUUUCUUGGCAUGUUGGCAACUGCAUUCGCAUCAUCAGAGGUGUUUCGGAUCUUCUUCAAAAUGAUCUUCACCAUUGUUGUACUCGGACUUCUUCAUGGCCUACUCUUUCUUCCAGUCUACCUUAGCAUAUUUUGCCGAUCACGAAUAAAAAUUCCGCAAGAGAUACCGGAAAAAGAAAAAAGUGUGGACCUUGGAUCCCCAGGAAAACAUUCUUUAUGCACGACUCACGAGGGCUCGAUUAAUCAUCAAACAGUCACUGGGCAAAUUGGCUCAAAAGUUAUGCCGGUAAGCCUCGUUGUCGACUCAUUUGAAGUCGAUAACAACAAUGUUACUUAGCAAUGGUGCUGAGUAAUUAUUGGCUAUUUGUAUCCGUAAAAGCAAACCCGAGUUUUUUAUGCCUGUCAAACACUGGGCGUAAUUGUGUUCACGCUGAAGCCCGCACCAGACUCGAAGCUAGACUGGUGCUUGAUCCAAUGAUGAACAUAGCCUUUGCUAUUUAUUUGUUCAAUUAUUUGAUAUCUUAAAUAUAUUUGUUUCUCGCUACUUUAAUCUGUACAGUAAAAUGAUACCGAAAUGAGAUCUAUUGCUGACGGGUCUAGAAACAGAUACUGAGAUUUCAUUACAAAGACUAUCGUUUAAGACGUAGUCCACUAGCUUAAGUGCAAAAUAGAGUAAGAGAUAUCAACAGCCCCUUCAUCAAAAGAAGUAUAUUUGUAUAUCAUAGUUGUGCAGCUAACCAGCAAUGCACUAAAAUACGAUGUUCACGUUCACCAUUCAGUAAUUUACCCUCUGGAGUAAUGUGUUGCUAUAAAAAGUACAAGACUGGCCCUCGCGAAUGUAGGCUACUCUUAGCAUUUACAAGGGGCUCAUUCCCUACUGCUCACACCAAUCUUAAUACUAUUUUACCAAGUACACAUGGCAAAUAAACAGAAAGGAAAAUUUUUUAAAAUUGUAUUUAUUAGAUAGGUACUUUUUUAGAAUAAAAACCUGGCUGAAAGCAACUGUGAAGAUAACCUGCAACAACUGCGAAAAUAACCUGCAGCUUGUCAAUUGUAAGCUUCAGAGGCAGUAAUUCCCUCUCUUAUCUUCGCGCUUUCUUUAAAUGGAAAUAUAGCAAUUAUGAUCAUAAGAUAAAACAAAACAUUUUUAGUAACGUUUAGUCACAUGUUGGUACAAUUUUCAAAUCGCAUGCGAUCACAAUAAACUUAAAGAUUACUUUUUUCCUACAUUUCUGUAAAUAGUUUGAGGUUUCCAUCCAGAUUAUGGAGACAGCCUUUUAAGAUUUAUAGUGCAAGUAAUUGCGCACGUUUUAUUUAGGUUUGCCAAGAGCGUGCCUGCAUCAUACGACGUGUGUAUUGAUAUGAUAUUGUCUUCCAUUCAAUGGAAAAUAGUCUUUUGGCUACACCCCAGGGUGCAUUCCAUGUACUUAGGCCCGAAGAUCUUCGGCGUACAUCCAGGUUUUUUCCGGCGUUUGGUGUGCAAACCAAUGAACAAUUUUUUGGCGUACUUAAAAUUUUCGUUAGUUGGCAUGCUAAACAUGAAGCCAUGUACAAAGUUAACGUAAAAUAAAGACUUACACACCACAGUUUUCUCUAAUGAUCAGUUUUCUUUGUCUGGCGCAAUAAUGUUUACAGUUUUACUAACUGUUUUUACAUUUUCGACGGACCUAAACAAAUUGACAUGGAAUGACAUGGUACAGUUGACAUGGAAUGCACCCUGGGCUACACUGGACCUAUCAGGGACGCAAAAACUAUUCUUGCUUACAAAAUUGCAAUUAUCAAAUCUACGAAAAUCUUAUUUAAGGAAUAUUUCCAAGGAAGAUUCUCCUUUCAUCUAAUCUAGAAGAUAUUUGAUAUUGUUACCGCCUUAAUUUGCUCUGGUUCACACGUCUCUAAUAGUCACUUGUAGCCAAAACAUACUGACUUUGCCUUGUCUGUCGGUCUGUCUCAAGGUGUUUUUGAGAAAUUAUUUAUUAGUUUUAUACUGAAAGGCAGUGGUGUAAAGUUGUCAAGCUCAUUUAACGUAAAUUGUAGAUAGAAAUGAGUAUUGAAGGAUUGUAAGUUUCUUUUAAAGAAUAUUCUUGAAAGUAUGGCAGUAGGAAUUAGCAAGAUCCUGGAGAUUUCUUUUCAAGGUUUGCAGGCAAAUAAAUGUUUUUCAAUGGUACCUUUCUAUCAAAGAGUAUAGCUUUUGAGAAAAGGACCAUUAUGUUUUGCAAAAUUGGUCCAGAGCUCUGCAUUCCUGCUUUUAUUACAUCAACCUUACGAAUCAAAGCUUCUUUCCUAUAGCGAUACUUGAUAGGGCUGGGUGAAUGCUUAGUUUAGAAACAAAAUUAAAUUACCUUGAAAAAUAUCGUUUUUCUUUGCAUUCAUUCUCAGAGUUGCUUAAAUUGGUACAUAGAAAGCAAUUCAAACGAUCCAAAAGUAAAGUAUACGACCAAUCACCAAUACACAAGCCUUAAAGCCUUCGAAGCCAGGGGAAUCAAUUGGUAACGAUUCAAAGAUCGCCAAAACAAUCGGGCUGAAUAAACGAAGCUUGAACCAGACAAAUGCGAGUUUAUGAUUAAAGGGCGCUCAAGGCAGCAAAAUAUCAUAAAUUAGCUAAGAGAAAUUUAUUGCUUCAUAAAGAUAGGUAGGGUUACCAAAGCAAAAGUAACUUGGUAUGAAUCACAAUGAAAACCUGAACUAGACAGAUUAGAUUUGAUAUAAAUGUGUCUCUCUGCAAUUAGGAAGCUGAAAAAUAUUCUGUUUCGGCCACUGGUUUUUUCAACCAAUGAUCAACUAGAAACUUUUCUAAAAAUAUUAUCUCAAGUCAAAACGUACUUCAGUUUCUUGAAGAGUAAUGAGAGUCACCUAAGGUAUGAUGAUAAGAUAUGGAAGGAGGGAGGGGGGGGGGGCUUUUCUCAUGUCAAGUUAAGAUCUUUUAAGAAUCUACAAUCAGUGCGAAAUUCUGAUGAAAAAUGCAUGCUACAAGGAUAGUUUGAUUAGUCGAAUGAUAAGUCAAACUGUCCAGAAUCUUUCAAAAGAAAUUAAAAUAGAGAUCCCAGAUUUCAGGUUAACGAUUCGAAUUUACAAAAAGGAUCUUUCACUAUAGCGGGGCAUUCGGCACUGAAAGUUAUGCUGCAACAAUACAUAGAUAUGCCCUUUCUAAAUUGUUUCAUAAAAGAAGCAAAACUUAUCAAAAGCUGAUAAAGAUGAGUGAAUUUAAGUACCUAUGGUUUUGCAGUGUCCCGAAGGUGCUUUACUGCAGGUUUCUAUGUGGUCCACCCUGCACCGGAUCGGGUCCACCCUAGUACCGUUGCCGAACGUGGUGGUUGGAAUGGAUAAUCUAUUUCAGUAGAAAUAAAGCACAACUCCUAAGAAGAGCAGCCUAUUAGUUAUUUCCUAUUAAAUGUAAUAUAAUUUGAUGUAAUUAAUCGUCAGAACUUCCUUCUAAUUCCAUUUGCUGAUAGGCCAUCGUUAUAUGACAUUAUAUGUGAAAUAGCAUGACAUAUGAUUUGAUAUGAUGUAUUUUCAUCAUAUGAUAUAAUUUAUUGUAUGGUAACACAUGUUAUGAUACAUGGUAUGACAUGUAUUCCUAGCCCGUUUAAUAAUCAUGCCUGUUUUCGGCUACAAUGAUGUCACAAGGGACGCUGCGAUUACUUAGUGGUGAAGUCCUUCGCAGUCUUCCUGAACUGGGACGGCCAUUGGAUGUGGACAUGGCUAACAGUAACAUUGGCGGAAAAGGUGACUAACUUUUGACGAUAUGUUUCAUACAUAAAGCGCAAAAACAAGACGAACGCAAGCAUCUUCUGAUAAGGAAUUUGACAAUAGGGAUGCUUCGUUGGAAAAUCCUCACACUUUUCGGAGAAAAGGGACCAGGGAGCACGAUAGCUUGCGACGAUCCUAGUUACAAAGGGCAGUGGACACUCUUUCUAGUAGCAACUGGCAUUGAACAAGGAUAGAACAUACAAAUUCAAAAGAGAGCAUGUUCUUGUACUCCCAGGACACUGGUUUCACCAUGCAGCUCCGACAAAAUAGCAAAAAAAGCGUGAUAUCUUUGUUAUUAGUAAUAAGUUAUGUAUUCUUGUAAGGUUAAAACCCUUCCUUCCGAUUUGCUGACUUUAUAUGCCCCGUGCUGUAUCCACGGACGGAACUUUACAAGAUGCUUGGCAAAGACGUUAGGCCAACUGGACGGUAAGAAUAUUUUUUAAUUAAUUUUACCCGCAUUUCAUUCUUUUUAAACAACAAUAUAUAUGGCUUCCAAAAUUUGACUGUGUUUGGUAAGGGCCGUAUUGAUUCGUUGAACCCUGCCAUGCUGUCCUCAGAAUUUAUUCUUUGUUUUGUAUGACAACGCUCGAAGUCCAGCGCUGUCCUACCCUGGGUUCCAGACUCACUUUAUAAAAUAAUAGAGUCUGGUACCCAGGGUACCUAUUUUAUAAAAUAAUAGAGUCUGGAACCCAGGGUACCUAUUUUAUAAAAUAAUAGAGUCUGGAACCCAGGGUACCUAUUUUAUAAAAUAAUAGAGUCUUGAACCCAGGGUACCUAUUUUAUAAAAUAAUAGAGUCUGGUACCCAGGGGAUCUAUUUUAUUUUAUAUAUAGUGAGUCUGGUACCCAGGGUAGCGGUGUCCAUGCCCUGGUCAUACAGGCCUUCCAGCCUUCAUGCAAUUUGCCUGUUUUUCGCGCUUUUUCCAUAUCAGGUACCAAGCACGCAAAGAUUUUUAAUUUUUUUCAUGAGCUUUUGCAUCUUUUGAACACAUAAAUUGUUUUGAAUGACAAAACACAUGUAACAAUAUUUUUCAACAUAAAAGUGUCUUCUCAGCGCGGAUAUUAUGAUUAUAUAUAACUAAUUUACGCGUGUUUGUUGUGUUCAUUCUCGUCGCGUUGCGGUUUUACUUAUUUACUA